ACAUCUUCCAAGUCGCCCUUACAAAUUUGUCCAAAAGCGCGAAUAUUGAUCAAAUCGAGGGUAGAAGGGCGUCGUCAUUUCCCCAAAGCAUUUGGAGGGGGAGGGGGUUGGGAUAGAAGGAAGAAGGUGGCCAAUAUCAAUCAAAAUCAAAUAAAGAACGUACGUCAUCAAAAGGUCCGGAGAAAAUGCUAGCCCUGAGCGCGACACCUUGCUACCAUCGCUAGGGUUUUCGGGUUCAGUGGGAAGAAGGAAAACAGCACUCUUCACUCUCCCAAAACUGUUUGCCCAGGAAAUCAGGGUUUGUGUUCGUUUCAAUGGAAAGAAGCUCCUCAGGAAGUCUACCGAAGGAACACAUUCUUUUUAUCUACUGCAAGGCGGUUUAAACUCAUGGGAAAUGCUUUUUUUCUUCUUUGGAAAAAUUUGAUGCAGCAAUAUUUUGUUGUCAAAUUGGAGUUUGAGGAGGUCUUUUUAUCAAUCUGCUUGGAAAGAGGCCUAGUGUAAGAGUAUGGUGGAAGCAAACAAAGUCGUGGAGGACCUUGAAUUUAAGUGGGGUGAAAAGAAAAAUGCUGGUGUGAAAAAGAAAGAUUUCCAGUUUUAUCAAUCUUUUACUUAUGAUGGUGUGGAGUAUGAGCUUUAUGAUUGUGUUUAUUUGUGGGUUGAUGGUGAACCUGAGCCUCAUAUUGGUAAACUUGUAAAAAUAGUGGAGAAUCCUGACAAGAAAAAGAGAGUGAAGGUUCUAUGGUUUUUCCGCCCUUGCGAGGUGCUAAAGUAUCCUGGGGUGGUUGUCGACGCAGCUGAAAAUGAAUUAUUUUUGGCUUCUGGUGAAGGUGCAGGCCUUGCAAAUAUGAAUCCUUUGGAAGCAAUUGCUGGAAAAUGCAAUGUUGUUUGUACAUCAAAGGACAGUAGAAAUCCACAACCUUCAGAUGAAGAACUUCAAAAAGCUGACUUUAUAUUUUACCGUGCCUUUGAUGUUGACCACUGGAAAAUCCUGGAUAAAAUAGAAGAAAAAGUAGCUGGGAUUGAAGUUAAAUGUAUGUUUAACAGACCGGCUCUUCAGAAGCCUGGUGUUGUUCUGAAUCUUGAUUCAGACAAAAAAGGAGUUGGUGGAAAUGCUGUAGCAAGUAAUGAAACAGAGGUUCCUUCCAAGAAAAACCCAUCUAAAGAGCACAAAACUCUAUUGACAAAUGGAAUUUCUGUUGAUACUCUAGGGAAAGAACAUGCUGAUUCAAAUGCUUCAUUUGUUAAACAGAAAGCUUCACUUAGAGAAAAUACAGGCUCAAAACCUUUUCUUGAUAAACAGAAAUCUUCACUUAGAGAGAAUCCUGCUUCUAGCAGAGUAGAAAGUUCUAAAACUAACAAUAGGCAGGAAAAUAUUCCCCGUGACAACACUGCAUCUAGGUCUGAAGAUGAUUCUGUCAAGCGUGAGGGUAAAGUUGGUAAUAUUCCUGUGACACAGGGCACAGUUGGUAAGGUUGUCAGUGAGGAGAAAGUAAAAUCUGCUAAGGAUUGUGGUGAUCUGGAGGACAGGCCAGCUAAGAGGGCAAAAUUUGAUAGUUCUAGUAAAGUAUCUGAUGAUAAGAAUGAGAAGAAUGUGCGGAAGAUAAGUGUUGAUUUGGAUGGUAAUGAUCCAAAGGCUUCAGCAACUAUAACUGCGUCUGAAGAUAAACCUAGACUAAAGCUUGCAGAGGUUUCUCAAGGGGCUGAAAAAGGCCCUUCUAAGAUGGUGCCUGAUGAGAAGACAAAACAUUCUAAUGGGAAGUUGCUUAAAGCAUCUCCAAGACAGUUUCCAGACGUGGACAAAAAAAUGGAUCACCAAACAAUGGAAGUUACCCGAAGACCAGAUGCUGAUAGAAGCAAAUGGUUCAGGGGACUUCCCUGGGAAGAAAGAAUGAAAACUGCUAAUGAGCAGGGAGCACUGGUUCUUCUUCAAAAUUUGGAUCCAGUGUAUACUUCAGCAGAAGUGGAGGAUAUUGUUUGGCAUGGCUUCAAGGAAAGUUGCACAGCAAAGAUGAUUCAGCGGACUUCAAUUUCUAGUUCUCACUGUGGUCAAGCUUUCGUUAUAUUCAAAACAAGGGAAGCAGCAGAGACGGUUGUUAGAAGGUUAGAUGAGGGCUGCCUAUUACUAUCAAAUGGGAGGCCUCUUGUUGGAAGUAUUGGAACUCCUUGCUUCCCAGAAAAGAAACCAACUUUUUUUGGCCAUUUUGUUAUUGAUAAAGCUAGACAUCAGAUGCCUCGGGAAAUGAGAGAAGCUGUAUCUACUUCACAUUGUUCUCAGCCUAACACAAUUGAAUAUGAGAUGGCCAUGGAAUGGUGCUUACUGCAGGAAAGAUCAGAAUUCUCAUGGAAAAAGUUGUAUAAGCGACAAGAGGAGGAGCUGAAAAAACUAAAGUCCCGCUUCAAGUCCAAAUGACCGCUAGUGGCUUUGUGCAUAUCCUCUUCCUGUACCUCCGUUUUUGUUCACGCAUUCUGAAUCUCCUCUUCCUGAGGCACCGCAAGCAAUGGACUUUGCGUUCAUGCUUUAAUGGUUACCAGAAGUCAUCAAACCAGAGGGUUCCUACCGCCUGACUAGAAUAUAUCAGUGUCCUGUUUAUGAGGAUUCAGGCAAAUUUUGAGCGUAUGUAAAUAUCCGUUCUGGCUUGUUGGGAAUUGGAGAUCUUUUUGAUGGCAGCUUCUGGGCAAGCUGGUUCACCAAUUUCUAUACUAUGUGCAUCAUGGACACUGUAAAAUGAACAUAUCUGCCAAUUGUAUAAAUACGUUCAGCAAUCAGGUUUACUGCAUUACUUCUAAUUGCACUUUACCGUUACUAGUUGCCUCCAUUUUUAAAAGAGGAAUGAAAAUAUGGAAUGGCUUUUCAUUUCAUUAUCAAGCAAAGCAACAUGGGUGCUUUUUUGGUGGUUUAUUUAUUUUUGGUUAUGUAGCAACCGUGGUUCUAAUCAAAUUGCUGGUGCUUAAUUUUUGAUAA